ACAUUUGUAUUUCUGCUGCGCAUUUGCCUAUUUUUUUGCCUUUGUUCGGAGUGUGUAUUAGAAAACGACAAUAUACUUAAGAAAAGACGCCAAACAGCACAAUUAAUUGUAAAACGCCCAAGAUUACACGUUUACGCAAUCAAACAAUUGAACGUGCAAUAAUAGCCAAGAAUAAUAGAAGAACUAGCGACUACACCAACAACGCAAACAUAUAGCAAAAAGAGGAGCGAGAAAAAACAAAACGGACUUGAACAAAUAACAGGCAAAACAAUAACAAAAACAACACGAAAUUGCGCAUAUUUUCGUGGGUCGCAGCUGAUUUCACAUAUCAAGAAUAAUGCUCGACCUGGAAAUAGUCCCAGAAAUCUCUCUGGGCUGCGAUGCCUGGGAGUUUGUGCUGGGAAUGCAUUUCUCACAAGCAAUAGCGAUCAUACAAUCCCAGGUGGGCAUCAUAAAGGGCGUACAGGUGCUCUAUUCGGACACGGAUCCGCUGGGCGUGGACAUCAUUAUAAAUCUGCCUCAGGAUGGACUGCGUUUGAUCUUUGAUCCGAUUGUUCAACGCCUGAAAACCAUUGAAGUGUUCAACAUGAAACUGGUGAAGCUGAAAUAUUGCAGCUCCUACUUCAAUUCACCCGAAGUGCUGCCCAGUAUUGAACAGAUCGAGCAUUCGUUUGGCGCCACCCAUCCGGGUGUCUACGAUGCGGCCAAACAGCUCUUUGCGCUCCACUUUCGUGGAUUGAGCUUCUAUUUCCCGGUGGACAGUAAACUGCAUUCCGGCUAUGCUCAUGGCUUGGGUUCGCUGGUCUUUCUCAAUGGCGCCUCACCGGUAGUAUCCAAAAUGUCCCUCUAUGCGGGCAGCAAUGUGGCCGAAAAUCGUCCACCAGCCUUGCCCCUGUCCUGCUAUCAUCGUCAAAUGUAUCUGGAAUCGGCAACGGUGCUGCGCACUAUCUAUGGCCACACCAAGGGUCUGAAGCUCAAGCUAUACACGGAGGGAUCUGGCCGCGCUUUGGAGCCACGUCGUCAGUGUUUCACGCGUGAGCUGCUCUUCGGUGAUAGCUGUGAGGAUGUGGCCACCAAUCUGGGUGCUCCCAACCGUAUCUUCUUCAAGAGCGAGGACAAAAUGAAGAUACACAGCUCGUGUGUAAAUCGCCAAGUGCAGAGCAAACGCAGCGACAUAUUCUUCAACUAUUUCACACUGGGCAUCGAUGUGUUGUUCGAUGCCCGGACACAAACCUGCAAAAAGUUCAUACUGCACACCAAUUAUCCGGGCCAUUUUAAUUUCAACAUGUACCAUCGCUGCGAGUUUCAGUUUCAACUGGAAAGCGAUCAUCAUGUGACUGGCGAGAGUGAGAAUAAACACGAUCAUGUCAAUAUAUCUGCCUACACCAAAUGGGAUGAGAUUAGCGGCUCGCUGGCCACCUCGGAGCGUCCAGUUGUGCUGCAUCGUGCCAGCUCCACAAACACUGCGAAUCCCUUUGGUUCAACCUUUUGCUAUGGCUAUCAGGAUCUAAUAUUUGAAGUUAUGCCAAAUAAUCACAUUGCAUCCGUGACGCUUUAUAAUACGGCACCACCGCGACAGCCUGCACACACCUGGCAGCAGCACAAAAUGCAGGACAUUCGCCUGACUGUCGCCUAAGAUUGUGCCGGCUCGUCGUGUGUGUCUGUGUGAGCAUGGUCCUGUGAGCUAUGUGAAGCUACAAGAUUCUAAUUAUAAGCUACAACAAAAAAAAUGAUCUAACCUAGACUUUAAUGAUUAGUAGUUACUUUACGAGUAUCUAUAGUAAUUAUAUUUAUAGAAUUUCUAUAUAGCUGAUAAGCAAAUUUAUCAGACGACUCACUGACCAUAUUGUUUCCGCUGUUCUACUAUAUUAUUCCAUUGUGUGGAUUCGCCCUCAAUUCAUUACAGACAUUAAUUAGCAAACAGACUUUUAAUUGCAUGUCGUUAAAAUAUCUAAAUAUUUUAAGCUCAAAACGUGUAUUUCUCUUUAAAAAAGAAACAAAAAAAAAACAUAAAAAAAUAUAUAUAAAUAUAGUAAUAAGGUUUCGACAAAAAAUUGAGUUUUUUUUUAUUAUUGUCAUUAUGUUUACGCUGUGGUAAUAAAUAUAUACAAAA